CAUCCAUGCUCACACAUGCUACAAGUACAAAUAUAUCGUGAUCGAGCCCACGCGCAUCGGCGACGAGACUGCCCACUGGAUCACCGUGGGCAACUGCCUGCACGAGACGGCCAUGCUGGCAGGCACCGCCUGCCUCUUCACCCCGUUGGCGCUGCCCUUAGAUUACUCCCACUACAUCUCCCUGCCCGCUGGCGUGCUGAGCCUGGCCUGCUGCACCCUCUAUGGGAUCUCCUGGCAGUUUGACCCUUGCUGCAAGUACCAAGUAGAAUACGCCUAUAAACUGUCGCGCCUGCCUCUGCACACACUCACGUCUUCCACCCCGGUGGUGCUGGUCCGGAAGGACGACCUGCACAGAAAGAGACUGCACAACACGAUAGCACUGGCCGGCCUGGUGUACUGUGUAAAGAAGAUUUACGAACUCUAUGCCGUAUGAUUUCAGUAGCGCAUGGAGAGAAGCAGAACCGCCCGGCCCACAAGAGACAGCAGAGCAUUCAGAUCGCCACAGUCAUGUUUCUUACUGUGAGGCAGCAGAGCCUGGGAAGGUGUUUGGCUUAAUAUUUGUUAUUUUU